AUGCGGGCGGGCGGCGGGGCGGCCUCGGGGGCGCUGGUGCUGGUCCGCCACUGCCUCCUGCUCGGCUCUCUGGGGCUGCGCUCGGCCGGCGCACAGGACGGAAACGGCUGUGGCCACACGCUGCUGACACCCCACAGUGGCACCCUGAGCUCCAAGAACUACCCGGGCACGUAUCCCAACCACACCAUGUGUUGCUGGCGGCUCCAAGCCCCCCCGGGCUCCUCCCUACUCCUGGCAUUUGGGGAUGUGGAUCUGGAGCCCUCAGAGCACUGUGCCCACAGCUCCUUGCUGCUCGCUGACCCCCAGACCGGCACUGCCUACGGGCCCUACUGCAGGAACUCCGUCCCUUCUGCCCCACUCCUGGUGACAAACUCCAGCACUGUGACCGUCCUGUUCAACAGCACCAGCCACCGCUCGGGACGAGGCCUCCUUGUGUCCUAUGCCACCUCACAGCACCCAGACCUGAUCUCCUGCCUAGUUCGAGGCACUCACUACACCCAGGAGUACAUCAGUGUGUACUGCCCUGCGGGCUGCAAGGACAUCCAUGGGGACAUCUGGGGCAACCCGAGCCAGGGCUACCGGGACACAUCGGUGCUGUGCAAGGCAGCUGUGCAUGCUGGGGUGAUUGCGGAUGAGCUGGGAGGGCAGGUCACCCUGUCCCGAGAGAAGGGGAUCACUCUCUAUGAGUCGGCCUUUGCCAAUGGGCUCCGCUCCAAAAGGGGAUCUCUCUCUGAGAAGCGACUUGUAUUCCACAAAGCCUGUGAUGAUGUGCUGGAGGUGGUCACCUUCAAUGCCUCGUCCUGGUGGCAUGAGGUGGACGUGCUGGGCCAGGACCGAGCCUGGGUGGCCGAACGGGCAGCACUUAGCACCACUGGCCACUCCUGGGCAGCCGAACCCGGUGCCAAGGCUGCCUGGCUGGAGCUGGACCUGGGCACCCGAAGGAAUGUCACAGGCAUCAUCACAAAGGGCUCCUCGGAGCAGCAUGACUACUACGUGACGUCCUACCAUGUCUCCUCUAGCCGCGACGGGAAGAAUUGGAGACCCUACAGAGGCAGCAGUGGUCAGGAGGACAAGGUGUUUGAAGGAAAUGCUGACAGCCAAGGGGAGGUCUCUAAUGCCUUUAUCCCCCCCAUCGUCGCCCGCUACAUCCGUGUCACACCGCAGAGCUGGCACCAGCGCGUUGCCCUGAAGGUGGCCCUGAUGGGCUGCCAGCUGGCACGGGUCCGCAUACCCCGUCCCUAUGUGCCCAGUGUCCCCAAGGAGGUGCUUGAGGCCACCAGCCACCCAGCCAGCCGCACCCCCAUCCCUGGCAUUGCCCUGGACCCAGAGAAGGCAGGCUCCACACUGCUGGUGAUGCUGCUUAUUGGAGGCUUUGUGCUCUUCUGCUCCUGCCUCCUGCUUCUGGCUUUCCUCUGCCACAGGAAGAGGAAGUCAGCAGUGGAGCUGAACUGCGGGAUCACAAAAGGGUACCCCAAGCUGGAGUCGAGCCAGGUCUGCUCCCUGCAGAGCCUGCCAGCCCCCAGCCUGGCCUCCUUCCCCAUGGCCCCCACACCAGGGGACCUCAGCUGGACCCAUUCGCCAGAGUACACUGAGCCAGACCUGGUGCAGGUGAACCCCAGCAGCCAGACAGGUCCCUCCACCUUCAAGCCACUCUUAGAAGAGGGCUACACUCUACCACUGGUCCUGAACCACUACGACGUCCCAGGGAAGCACAAUGAGUAUGCGGAGCCACUGCCUCCAGAGCCUGAGUACGCCAUGCCAUUCAGUGAGCCGGAGCCUACCGGGAUGCACCGCAACACUUGCAUCAUCACAGGACCUGCCGGGUGUUGCCCGGUGCAGUACCAGACCCCUGCCCUGCGGCCCGGGGAGCUGCCAGCUGCGGUGGAGGGGACUGGCACCCCCUGUUCUGAGGGGUCCCGUGGGUGGCCUAGGCACUGUCCCCUCGCACACGUGUACCACGAAGCUUUGUGAGGAGGGGAGUACAGCAGCACGGUACUGGGCAGGGGGGAAAGCGUGUAAAGGAGGACCUUCCCCGCGCUAGCAGUGGGCUUUUAAAAAGUAAUCGUAUGUAAAUAUAUGCUUUAUAUACAGAAAGACAGA